GAAAGUUCGAUGCGGAUGUCUCGGCAUCGCAGCAGCCACAGAGUCGGAGAAUUCGGAGCUUCCACGCGAACGCGCCGGUAGCGGCCGGGCCAAACGGGCCGAGUGCGACUGCCGCGGAGCCCGGGCAGCGCCGAGCUCGGGGCGGAGCCGAGACAUGCGCAUCGGACCGAUCGUGUGUGUAGAGCGCAAGCCAAGUGACAAGUUCAAGCUGCCGCGGGCUUUCUCGGACCGUUGGAUUCGCGCGCAAACAGGCGAGGCAUCUGCGGGCCCGCGAGCGCCGCCGGCAUGGACAGCUGCACAGGCAGUCCGAGAUGCCUUGAGGCGUUCACAAGUCAUCUGCAUACAGGGAGAGACAGGUUGCGGCAAGUCGUCCGUAAUGCCAAUGGUCUUCUUGGAGGAUCCCAAGGGCAAGAUUGCUGUUACCCAGCCGCGACGCAUUGCGGCCAUUUCCCUGGCACAGCGUGUCGCAUCCCAGUGCCAAGAGGCGGUCGGCGAAACCGUUGGCUACCGAGUCGCCAUGGACGGAAAGGUUUCAGAAUCGACGCGCCUGUCUUUUGUCACCACAGGGUGGCUGCUAAUGUACCUGGCUCAUCGCCCGCAGGCGCUGCGCCACUACACGCACAUUGUGCUUGACGAGAUCCAUGAAAGAGAUCUCGACAUGGACCUCCUCUGCUUGCUCCUGAAGAGAAGCCUCGAGAAGAAUCCAUCACUGCGCUUGGUCCUCAUGAGCGCCACGGUGGAUGCAACUCAGUUCCUCGACUUCUUUUCUGGUCAAGGUGUUCAGGUGGAGCGAAAACCCAUCGUGGUCGGAGCGCGACGCUUUCCCACGUACCCGUACUUUUUGGACGACCUGGUGAACGGAGCAUUGCCUGGCUUCAUCCCACGAGUCCGUCUCGACAGGUUUGACAAAAUUGGAGGCCGCGUCGAGGUAAAUCCGCAGCUCUUCGAGGCCUCUGUGGGGAUCGUCCAGGCAGUGGCGAAGCCGGGUCUUUGCGUGCUGAUCUUCCUGCCCCUUGCAGAAGACUGCCGGGCUUUGUGUCUUGUUAGCCAGGCCAGGGCUCUCCGAGAUCGAGCAACUCCACGAGGCCUGCUGGACCUGCCUAGGCGCGGCCAAUGCCCGUUGGUUGGGACCCUGGCCUUUGUUGUCUUUCGUGUGCCCGGGCACACCUCACACACGGACUUUCACAUGCUGCACUCGGUGGUGCCCCACGAGCAGCAGAAGAAGGCGCUUCUGCCACCACCAGCCCGGCGCUCGGAGCAGACCUCGGCUGGCCACUGCAAAGUCGUACUCUCCACGAACAUCGCAGAGUCAUCGAUUACCAUUCCCGAUGUGAGAUAUGUCUUGGAUUUCGGCAUCGUGCGGAAGAUGGUUUUCGACGAAGAGAGGGCAAUGCAGAGUCUGUGCAACACCUGGAGUUCGCAGGCGACCUGCCGACAGCGCCGAGGGCGUUGCGGCCGGCUGCAGGAAGGGGUCAUCGUUUAUCUGUUCCCCCGCAGCCACUACGACCGGCUGCAAGCGUAUGCCUCGCCGGAGGUUUUGGGAGUGCCUCUGGAGUCCAUCUACCUCAAGAGCCGUGUGCUGCUACAUCAUCUUGGACCUCCGGAGGACUUGCUUCAGCAGCUGAUUGACUCCCCGCCACAGCAGCGGAUUGCUGCAGCUGCGCAGAACCUGCAGGACCUGGGUGCCCUGAAAGCCGAUGGUGAGGUCGCAUCCUUGGGCCGAAUCGCAGUCUUCAUGCCAACAACGAUCCAGCUGACCAAGCUCGUGGUUCUGUCUUGGGCUUUGGGAAUCCCAGGAGAUGGUGUGGUGAUAGCUGCUGCAUUGAGCACACAGGAUGUCUUCAAAAUGGCAGCUCCAGCCAACUGCCGGAAUCUUGAGGACUUUCCUGCACACCUCGCGCACAAUUACAUCACUCGGGCCCGCUUUGACGACGGACAGUUCUCGGAGCCGAUCAUGUAUAGGAACCUGUACAAAGAGUUCCUGACUGUUUCGAAGACCCAGGCGAGAGCCUACCACAGCUGGCUGGAUCAGAGCUGCGUUUCUGUGAGCCGUAUGAGCCAAUUUGCAGCGUUGGUGGUUGAGCUCGCCGCCAAGCUGGGUGCCGCUGUGCCCAGUGCCAAGGCACAUCCAGCACUUCAAGCACUCUCCAGGCUCAAGAGAUCCCACCAGCUGAAGCCGGAGGAGGUUGAGGGUCUCUUCACCAAGGAUUAUGUGCGCCUGAAGUUUGCCCUGGUGGGGGCAUUUCAGCCGUCCUUCGUGCAAGGUGAGAUUAACACCCAGAAUAAGAAUAAGGGGAAGAUCAAUAAUUGCGGCUUCGAUCCCAUGAGGACUUGCCUGUUGCAGCAGAUAAAGCCUGCAGAGAUGGCCGAUGUCAACAACCUUUGGGAGUUCUGCCACAGCUUGGCCCCCACGAAGGAUGUGAGUCUGAAUGACACCGGCAAGAUUGCCUUCAUCGAGUGCGGCGAUGACCGGGAAGUUCAUGUUCCACAAAGUGAUGUGGUGCAUCAAAUGCCGUUGGUCGCACAGCUGUUGCAUCAGUUGAUGCGGCAGCCCUGCAAGUUCAAGGUGCUGUCUGACCAAGGCAUCUGGCAUGAAGCUUCGAAGAUUGGUUCUCCAAACUUCCUUAACGGCAUGAAGUGGCAUGUCAACGGAAUGCGGACAAUGGGCUCUCCGUACUGGCGCUCGAACAUGGGUUAUAUGUGCGAGAUGCGCGGCAACCUCAAGUGUCACUGGGGCGUUUGCUCGUCCUUGCUCGGACGAGAAGGCCCUGAUCAGGUGCGAAUCACAGGGCUUACAAUCUUGCCGCCCCCGGGCACGAUGUCGGGCACUGUCAUGAUCCUCGCCUUCUUAAACGGUCCGUUCAAGGUGACCUUCCUCGGAGAUCCAGGGUCUUGGGUUGUCAUCGCCUGGGAGAUCUACGACACUCGGGGCAGGAAGGGGGGAACCAGCUCCCUCGCCCAGGCAGAGAAGGAGCUCUGUGAGACACGAGUUUGGCGAAGGGAUGGGCUCGAUGUUACUCGCGGUUCAACACGCAAAUUCGCAGAGGCACACAAUUCCCUGCGAAGAGGAGCGGCUCAGUUCUACAUCAUGAACAGCUUCGUCCUGGCCCUGCCGUCCCUGCUGGAGCUCGUCUUCGCCGCGAGGAACUUCAGCUCCGCCUGUGGCUGGGCCACGGCCGCUUGGAUGACUGUCGACAGCGUGGUCUGUCUCUUCGGGAGCCUCCUCAGCCUUUGGCUCUGCCUCCAAGCUCAGGUUCUCCAAGACCUCGAGCUCCAGGAACACCUGGUGAGGAAGGCCCGUGGUGACCCAGAACUUCCAGAAGAGCUGGAGGGCAGGGUCGACAAUUUCAACAAGGUCACGCGCUGUGCAGUGAUAUCCAUCACGGCUUCCAUGAUUUCCUCACUGGUUCUGUGGGCAGUGGGGUUGUGCAUGUUCUUCUUCAAGGAUCUCUCGCAGUGCGACGAGGUGCGAAGGUGGGUUCGGCUCAUGACCUGGGUGCGUAUCCUGAUGCCCUUCUUCUUGUUGUGCUGCAUUAUUCCCGUCCAGCAGCUCUGCUGCCAG